AUGAAGACCGUCAAACCCCUGAAUCGGGCAUUUCAAGCUGCCACCACCUACCCCAUGCACUCACUUCCCCUUCGCAGCACGUGUUAUCUCCAAACACAGAAAAGACCCCAGACAGAGGAACUCAUCCUCGAAAGGUGUAUCCUCAACCCGGAACGAGCAGAAACCUGCCAAUCAGGCUCCGAUGACGAGGUUGGGCGACAUAAAUCCCCAUACGACCCAUCCAAAACAUCACCUGAUAAGGAGCAUCUCGCGCUGGAGGAAGAAUACAGACUGGAAGGGGAUACCAUUCAUGACCCGCUUUUUUUUUAG